GGGCUAAAGAGCGCGCGGUUAACGCGCGCCUCCGCUCUUCCUCCUGCACAGCCCUUUGCACAGAGAGGCUCUUGGGGAAGCUGAGCUCGGAGGGGAGGGGCCAGGCAAGGCGGACUUCCCUGCCGCUCGGCUGUUCCCGGCAGCAAAGGCGGAAAGAGCCUCUUCCUGGACUCGCCGCGGCCACCCCUGCGCAGAGCCUCCGAUGCAUCCCAGGCCGGCUGGCUUGCUCCGGGGCAUUGUGUGUCCGACCAGGAGGACUUGAUCGCAGGGGGAAAGUUCGGUUCCCGUCAGCGGCCGCCGAAAUCCGCAGGAAAGAGGAACUGCAACACAUCGGUUCAUCAAGGUCAGCAUUAUGACUGAUGGGGACUAUGACUAUCUGAUCAAACUCCUGGCCCUGGGGGACUCCGGGGUCGGAAAGACAACCUUCCUGUACAGAUACACAGACAAUAAGUUCAACCCCAAGUUCAUCACAACCGUUGGAAUCGACUUCCGGGAAAAACGGGUGGUGUACAAUAGCCGAGGGACUAAUGGAUCGCCUGGGAAAGCCUUUAAGGUUCAUCUGCAGCUCUGGGACACAGCUGGGCAAGAAAGAUUCCGAAGUCUCACGACAGCGUUUUUCAGAGACGCCAUGGGCUUCUUGUUAAUGUUUGAUCUCACCAGUCAACAGAGCUUCUUAAAUGUCAGAAACUGGAUGAGUCAGCUACAAGCAAAUGCGUAUUGUGAGAAUCCAGAUAUAGUGCUAAUUGGAAAUAAAGCUGACUUGUCAGAUCAGAGGGAGGUUAAUGAAAGACAAGCAAAAGAUUUGGCAGACAAAUACGGUAUCCCAUACUUUGAAACGAGCGCAGCGACCGGCCAAAACAUAGACAAAGCGGUGGAAACCCUCUUGGACUUGAUAAUGAAGCGCAUGGAGCAGUGCGUUGACAAAACUCAAGUAUCUGACACAGCCAACGGGGGCAGUUCGGGGAAACUGGAUUCGGCAAAAACAGAAGAGAAGCGAUGCGCUUGUUGAUUUGUUCCCCCGCUCCCGCCGGACUAGGGAGAAGAAACGAGGAACUACUAAAUUCAACCCCGGAAGCUCCUCUGGACCUCAGGCAGCCUUUGUCAUUGUCCAAAAGCAAGCCUGAUUUUUUUGGUGUUGAGAGAUUCGUGCUUCUGUGCUUGAGCAAGUGCCAAGUUAAAAAAAAAAGAAAAGAAAAGAAAAAACCCAAAGGAUUUCCCUCAUCUUCUUAAUCCGAUUAGGCUAGUAUACGGAGGAGGAAAGACGUCUUCUGGGGAAGAGGAUUGUUCACGUUUGUGAGGGAGACAUUUUUAAUUAGGCAAUGGGUGGGGACACCUUUUUAACAAGGGAAAGAGGGUCCCCUUAGAGACCCAGGCCAUCUCUUUAAAUUCAGUUGCCUUCUCUUACAAUGUACAUUGUACAUUUCCUCCAAGUAGUCUAUAAAGAACUAAAGUGUAGGUAGCUUGGCUUGUAAUUAUCUUGCACGGAGGAAAAUAACCCAACAAAGCAAGCUUUGUGGUUAACAUUUUGUUGACCGGUUUCCUGAUGAGUUCAGUAGCAUAAAGAAAUAAGUGGAAUCCUCUUUGAAACUCAAGCCUGGGGUUUGCCCAGGUUUUUGCCAAGAUGAUCACGUGGGAUUGGAGGGCUGUGAGCUGAAAGAGGAAGGAAGGAGCCAAAAAGCCAAUGGAAAGUAGCAGGGAUAUCCUACAGGGAAGCUAUAAACUUUUACAAGGCCUUCUCAAAAUGUCCAGAAUAUGGGUUGUCUUUCCCAAGGAAUCGUACAAAGGAAUGGUGGUCAUUUUCCCUGGUGACUUUAAAAAUGGGGUUAUGUUAGGGACUCCCCAGAUUUAAAAAAAAAAAAAAAUUGGGUGUUUGGGGGGAAGAUGUGGGACAUCUAUUUGGGUUUACCAAUGAGUGCAGUUAUCUUUCCUUCAUGCUGUUUUCCCCUAAUGUCAGUUUUAUUUUCAUUAUUAUUAAAAAAUGGGUCACUUUAUUAUUAUUAUUAUUUUUAAAGCAGUGCCAAGUAACAGUUUGGAAAAUAUAGCACCAAAUGUCAAUUUGGAAAAUAACAGCACCGAAAACCAAAAACCUGAUUAAACACAACAUGUGAUAUUUAAA